AUGGCGACCGUUAGUUUCAAAUACUGGAAUGAUUGUGUGGAUCCACAAGACUUGGAGGCGAUGUGGACGGAUCCUGACGUGAGGGCAGAAUGGCUUAAUGUUGGAGAGACUAUGGGAUCAAAGGUCCACCUCUCACGUGAUCCUGAUGGUCAGCCUUACUUGACGCAAACUGAGAUGAAGGCUGUGGCGGGAAUUAUUGUCCGGAGGCAUUUUAUCUCACAGAUUGAUUCGGACAUGCUUUGUGCUAUUGCUGAACUUGAAAGUGGUAGACAGACUCUGGCCACGCAGUAUAACAAGAAAUCUAAAGAUUGCACGAUGGGAAUCAUGCAAAUCUCACCAAAAACUGCGGAGUGGCUGGUCAGAGAUUUGUCUUACCAGAACUAUGGAGUGGACGGGGAUUCGAAACUUCUGUACAAGCCUUUUGUAAAUGUAUAUCUUGGUGCAGCCUAUCUUAUGUGGUUAUCAAACUUUGAGCAAAUAGAAAGAAGUGAAGAAUUCAUGGUUAGAGCUUAUAAAGGAGGUAUCAAGAAGGCAACUCACAAGUCAACUAAACAAUAUUGGAAAAAAUAUCUCUCCGUCAAGGAAACUCUUCCAACCAGAAAAGUCUUCGAAGUUGCUCCGGUGCCUAAUGCUCCCUCAGCUUCUGCUACUGGUGAUUCACCAAAGAAAGGUAUUACGCUUACAACUGUUUUGUGUGCUAUUGCUGAGAUUGUUAGCAUGCGUUUCGUGAAUGGAGUCGGACAACGUACAGGACUAAUGGGUAUUGACUAUCCCACUGCAUGUUGGCUUUACAAGGACUUGGGCUACAAGGGUUACAUAGUAAAGUCAGUUGAAGAUCUUACCUAUCCUUUCAUUUCCAUGUACUUCGGAGCAGCCUACAUGGCUUGGUUAUCAGAAUAUGAAGGAAGGGAAAGAUCUCCCCAGUUUGUAGUUCAGGCCUAUAUUUCUGGGCCACAGAAUGUGAACCUACAAGAGACAGGUCCUCUCUGGCUUAAAUUCCAGGAAGCACUAAGCCGCUACGAAGAUACAAAGAAGGAACAAAAUAGCUGUCCCAUUUUGUGA